CUGAUUGAGGAUUAUUUGAGCAGCCUGUCUCAAACAGAGGGGUGUUGCCCUGUCUACACGAAACAUUCUGCAUUUGAUUUUUAGACAGACUCCAGUAAUUCAACUAAAGACAUUAUGGUGUACCACCCUGAGUUUGAGCGAGCAGGCAAGGAGCCUGGCCUCCAGGUGUGGAGAAUUGAGAAGUUUGAUUUGGUUGCAGUUCCUGAGAAUCUCUAUGGAGGGUUUUACACUGGCGACGCUUAUGUUGUCCUCAAAACUAUCAAGCAAACUUCUGGCAACCUACAGUAUGACCUCCACUUUUGGCUGGGUGACUACUGUACGCAAGAUGAGAGUGGGUCGGCUGCCAUUUUCACUGUGCAAAUGGAUGACUAUUUGGGUGGAAAGCCCAUUCAGUACCGUGAAGUUCAAGGCCAUGAGUCUAAAGCUUUCCUGGGAUAUUUUAAGAAAGGGCUGCAGUACAUGCAAGGUGGAGUUGCAUCUGGAUUCAAGCAUGUGGUCACCAAUGAAGUUGUAAUGCAGCGAGUGCUACAAGUCAAAGGCCGGCGAGUUGUCAGAGCUACAGAAGUGCCAGUCAGCUGGGACAGCUUUAACCAGGGAGACUGCUUCAUUCUGGACUUGGGCAAUGAAAUCUACCAGUGGUGUGGUUCUAAGAGUAACCGCUUUGAGAAGCUGAAAGCUACUCAGCUUGCAAAGGGCAUUCGAGACAACGAACGCAGUGGACGUGCCCGUGUGUAUGUUUGUGAUGAAGGAGUGGAACGUGAGAAGAUGUUGGAGGUUCUGGGAGAAAAACCAGACCUGCCUGAAGGAGCAUCUGAUGAUGUCAAGGCUGAUGCCUCCAACAGAAAGAUGGCCAAACUCUACAAGGUCUCCGACGCCAGCGGAGACAUGGCGAUUGCCCUGGUGGCCGCUGAAAACCCCUUCACCCAGAGUGCACUAGAAUCAAGUGACUGUUUCAUCCUGGAUCAUGGCUCAGAUGGCAAGAUCUUUGUUUGGAAAGGCAAGGAUGCCAAUAUGGAAGAGAGAAAGGCCGCCAUGAAGGCAGCAGAUGAGUUCAUCAAAAAAAUGGGCUACCCCAAACACACACAGGUUCAGAUUCUUCCAGAAAUGGGUGAAACACCUCUAUUUAAACAAUUCUUCAAAAACUGGCGUGAUGUGGACCAGACAGAGGGCAUGGGUGUAGCAUACGUCUCAAACAGCAUUGCUAAGAUUGAAAAGGUGCCAUUUGACGCUUCAACUCUGCACGAUUCACCAGCAAUGGCCGCCCAACAUGGAAUGAUCGACGAUGGCAAUGGAGAAAAACAGAUCUGGCGUAUUGAAGGUUCAGACAAAGUUCCAGUUGACCCAUCUACUUACGGCCAGUUUUAUGGUGGAGACAGUUACAUUAUCCUAUACAAUUACCGUCAUGGUGGCAGACAGGGUCACAUUAUCUACAUCUGGCAGGGGGCAGACUCUACACAAGAUGAGAUCGGGGCAUCUGCUAUCUUGGGUGCCCAGCUGGAUGAUGAGCUUGGAGGUGGACCUGUGCAGAUGGCUGGUGCUCCCCUUACUACUCAGGUACGUGUGGUCCAGGGUAAAGAACCUGCUCACCUCAUGAGUCUGUUCGGUGGACAACCUAUGGUGGUACACAAGGGUGGCACCUCCAGAGAAGGUGGUCAGACAGCGCCAGCUGAGACUCGACUGUUUCAAGUGCGCUCAAAUUCAGCAGGGUGCACUCGGGCGGUGGAGAUUGACGCUGUAUCUUCUAAUCUGAAUUCCAAUGAUGCCUUUGUCCUGGUGACCCCAGCUGCCUCUUUCAUAUGGAUUGGUCAAGGAGCAAGUGACAUAGAGAAACGUGGCGCACAGCAGCUCUGUGACAUCCUUGGAGUGUCUCCCUCUGAGUUGAGUGAAGGAGGAGAGGAUGGUGGCUUCUGGGAUGCUCUGGGAGGAAAGGCUGAUUAUCGCACAUCCUCCAGGCUUAAGAACAAAAUGAAUGCCCACCCACCACGACUGUUUGCCUGCUCGAACAAAACUGGCCGUUUUAUUAUUGAAGAAGUACCUGGAGAGAUGACCCAAGAAGACCUGGCUACAGAUGAUGUCAUGAUCCUUGACACCUGGGAUCAGGUGUUUGUUUGGAUUGGUAAUGAAGCUCAUGAUGAGGAGAAAACUGAGGCAAUGACUUCAGCUGCCCGAUACAUCGAGAGCGACCCAGCCAACCGUGACCCACGCACAGCUAUAGUGAAGAUUAAACAGGGCUUUGAGCCUCCCACCUUCACCGGCUGGUUCCUGGGUUGGGACCACGACUACUGGAGCACUGACCCUCUGGAGCGGGCCAUGGCGGAGUUGGAAAUCUGAACUUUAACCUCUCAACCCCACUGCCUUACUGCAAGUCAAUCAGAGUCGCCCUUAGACACCUAUGAGACUCCAGUUUGAUGCUUUUGAGGGUUUAAUCGUGGAUUCGGAAAGAAAAGCUGGUCCUGGGUCAGUUCAAAAAAGCACCUUACUGCCCUGAGCUUCAAUCACCAAACUUUAAAGCAACUCCAUUCAUUUGUCACCUUGUUACUUUGUAUUUAUAUGUUUCAACAUUUUUUUUAAAGCUUUCAGAUUGUCUGCGCCUUUUGUCUGAAGCGCAUGAGUUUGUUUCAAAAAUACACAAGGAUUUCCUUGUUUAAAUCUGCCAGAAA